ACGUUUAUCGACAUGGAGUCGGUUCCGCAAGCUCUUUCUGCCCGAAAGAAGAAUUCAUUCGCGUACAAGACAAUCAAGGAGAGACUUCCAGUAAUCUUAGCUAAAGUUGCAGAUUCAGUCUUUAGAGCCAAAACUGUCAUUAAAGAAAAUCAUGGAGAACAAGGACAGGAAGAUUUAAAGACCAUUGCAGGCUGUGUUUCCAAGAUGAGGAACGAACUGAUGACCAGUAAACCCCUCAUUCCUCUCGAAGAUAACAGGUCUGAUACAAAAGUAUGGAAUGAUUACCUUGAAGAAGUAGCGGAGCGUGAGGAGGAGCCGCCAUCUUGGUUCACCAGUUCCUGGCUCUAUGUAGAGACCUACAUGUACCGGCGCAUACAGGAGGCUGUUGAGAAAUGUGCAGUUCUUAAGCAGUAUGACGUGUUCCAGGAACAGAAGGAGAAGGCGCUGUCAGACUCGCAUGAGGCAGUGAUGAUCCUUCUCAAAUACCUACUCACACUUGUACAGGAGAUUGAAGAAGGCAAGAAGAUUGACACUCAGCUGCUCUUCAAAGAGUUUAUGCAGGUGUGUCUAUGGGGGAACAAAUGUGACUUGUCCAUUUCUGCAGGCCUGGAGAACUCCCAGAAGUCGUGUCCCCUGGACCAGGUUAACACACUCCGACCCUACAUACUGAUAGAUGAUCUUGAUACAGUCUGGAACAAGAUUGUAUCGUCUGGCCCAGGAAGAGUGGACAUCAUACUGGACAAUGCCGGGUUUGAGGUGGCCACUGACCUAUGUCUGGCUGAAUUCCUGUUGACCAGUAAACUUGCAACUUCUGUCAACUUCCACGCUAAGGCCUUUUCCUGGUUUGUGUCUGAUGUCACCCCAGUGGACUUUGAAAACACCCUUCAACGUUUAAUGAUGUGCAAUAGUAUGGCUACAGACUUCUUCCUAAAGAGGUGGAAAGGGCGGUUAGAAGACGGGACGUGGAAAUUGCAAGUGCACGAUUUCUGGACAACUCCUUUUCCUUAUUGUGAGAUGAAAUCCAGAUCUCCUGACUUAUAUGAAGAACUCAGCAAAUCUAAACUGCUCAUUUUCAAAGGUGACCUUAACUACCGCAAACUGUUAUCAGACCUAGACUGGCCCACAACAACCCCAUUCGAGACCAGCCUGCAGGGGUUCGGUCCUUCCCCGUUGGUGAGCCUGCGGGCCCUGAAAGCAGACCUUGUCACCGGACUGCAAGAGGGGCAGGUAGAGAAAGUUGCUGCUCAGGACGCUAACUGGAUGGUUGAUGGCAGCUGGGCCGUCAUCUCCUUUGCAGAUAAACAAUAGAAAUGGGACUUUGAUGGUUCCAUCUUUUACUUCACCUGUAGAUUUCAGGAAUUGACAACAAGUUUAGAAUCCAGAUGUUAAAUAAUUACAUUCAUGAUUGGGUCUCUAUUAUUUAACAAUUUUUAACAACCUUAAAACAUCUUUAUGUAUAUCAGCGUCAGUGCUGUUACACCACUUUAAGAAUGGGGCUGGAGCCUUUCUGAUUGGGAAAAAGCAUCAUUUUGACUAAAAUUGUGAACUUCACAUAGAAGUUUUCAAGAAUACAUGAGAAAAUAGACAGAAAGAUAAUAUGCAAAAACAAUAAAAACAAAAAAAAAUGAAAAAACAGCAUAUGUUUUUGGAAUUUUAUUUCACAGUUGGGGGAAAAAUUGUUUAACAUCUGUAGUGGAAGAUCUUUUGGCCUCAAAUUGGUCAGAUUUUUUAUGCCCCCUUUUGAAAAAAGUGGGGUAUAUUGUUUUGCACAUGUCGGUCGGUCGGUCGGUCGGUCGGUCUGUCUGUCUGUCGGUCGGUCGGUCGGAAUACCAAAUGGUUUCCGAUCAAUAACUUGAGAACGCUUUGACCGAGGGACCUCAUACUUGGUAUGUGUAUUGGUCAUCACCAGCAGAUGAACCCUAUUGAUUUUGAGGUCAGUGGGUCAAAGGUCAAGGUCAGUGUGACCUUUACAUGAAAAACGGUUUCCGAUCAAUAACUUGAGAACGCUUUGACCCAGGAACCUCAUACUUGGUAGGUGUAUUGGUCAUGACCAGCAGAUGAACCCUAUUGAUUUUGAGGUCAGUGGGUCAAAGGUCAAGGUCAGUGUGACCUUAACAUGAAAAACGGUUUCCGAUCAAUAACUUGAGAACGCUUUGACCCAGGGACCUCAUACUAGGUAGGCUUAUUGGUCAUGACCAGCAGAUGAACCCUAUUGAUUUUGAGGUCAGUGGGUCAAAGGUCAAGGUCAGUGUGACCUUUACAUGAAAAACGGUUUCCGAUCAAUAACUUGAGAACGCUUUGACCCAGGAACCUCAUACUUGGUAGGUGUAUUGGUCAUGACCAGCAGAUGAACCCUAUUGAUUUUGAGGUCAAAGGUCAAGGUCAGUGUGACCUUAACAUGAAAAACGGUUUCCGAUCAAUAACUUGAGAACGCUUUGACCCAGGGACCUCAUACUAGGUAGGCUUAUUGGUCAUGACCAGCAGAUGAACCCUAUUGAUUUUGAGGUCAGUGGGUCAAAGGUCAAGGUCAGUGUGACUGUAAGCUGAAAAAAGGUUUUCUGAUUGUCCAUAUUUUAUUUUCUUAUAUAGUAGACAGUAGAAAUUUAUAUGUCACUAAAUGCAUGAGUUGAAGUAUCAGUUUUCAGUGAACAUCUAGUUUAAUUAUGCCCCCCUUCGAAGCAGAGGGGUUAUAUAAUUGCUUUGCACAUGUCGGUCGGUCUGUUGGAAGACCAAAGCUUGUCCGAGUGAUAACUCAACAAUUCCCGGACCUAUGGUCAUCAAACUUGACAUGAAGAUUAGGUAUGACCAGUAGAUGACCUGCCUCAUAUGCAUCCAAUGACAAAUCAGCUGUCAUUUCAGUCCAUGCAUAUUUCAUUCAAUUGUCCAAAUAUUUCUGGCAACUUGGCGCUCAGGGGGCAUAAUGUUUGACAAACAUCUCUUGUUUUAUAUAAUAUCAAAAGGUACUUGAUUUCAACUGCUUAACAUAGCUUCUAAAUGCUUAUUUUGUAUUACAAGGUACAGAAUGAUAAUUUGGUAGCUCAUUGAUUGAGUAGUCUGCCAGUCACUGGAAGAACCCUAGCAUCAAGUUUUUUUUUAGUUGGAAUGGUAAGCAAUUUGAAGUAUUUUGAGGUCACAGUUUUUCUCCAUCUAUGCAAAAAGGUUGUGUCCUUUAUGCUAAAAUCAAUCCUUCAUUGUAAAGCAGACAUUAUAGUAUGAGAUAUAAAUAGUGAUCUUAUAAGUUCGACAAAGGUAUCGAAUUAUAAAUUUAUUUAAAUUUUUGGAUUUUUUGAUAAACUUUAAAUGAAAGAAGAAACAUGCUUUUUAAGGGAUAACACCUACUUUACUGUGACCUUAAAAAGCAGAAAAAAAUGAACAAUUUUGCUUAAACUUGUCCUUGCAGACGACAAUACAAUUACAACAAACCCAUUUCAAUUGCUUCUAUGAGCAAAGUUAUUGACAACAAUUGUCAAAAUAAUGUUUUCCAGUUAUUUUAUAUACAUAAUAAUUACACUGUUAUGUUUUGUGAUUAUUAAAAAAAAAAGUUUUUUUUCAGAGACUGGGUCAUAAUAUUUGUUGUUGAUAAUAACCAUAUUAUCUGUGAUCAGGAAUACUGUGUAUAAGUCAAUGAUUGAAAUGUAAAGUAGCUAGUUCCAUGUUGUCUUCCAAUAUCUUGCCUUGUAAGCUUUCUGUCUUUGGAUUUUUGCUGUUUUUCACCUGUUAAUAUGUCACAUAGGAACAUUUUUCUUGAAUUAGGGACAAAACACAAACAAGCCAAAACGAACCAGGUUCUCUAUCAAGAUCGCAGCAAACAAUCAGAUUGCUGCCAUUAAAUAUAACAUUAUCAUUUUUAUUGACCCGAUUCUGAUCUGUGGAAAUAAGAGAACGUGAAUAGCAAAAACCAUAUAAACAAACAUGUAUACAUGUGCAUGCACAACUAUAGACUUGCUUAAAAUACUAACGAAACUGCUGAAGAUGGUGUUACACAGUCACUGGUGUUGAUAUCCGCAUGGAUCCCUCGAUGUUCUACAGAGGUAUUACCUAUGGACGUUCAUGUGUUGCUCUGUCGGUCUUGUUUUGUUCAAAAGCUGGGACUCCUCGAAGCAGCCAUCCAGGUUUUCUGCCAUUACAUACAGGCAUUGACCAGUGAUAUCGAUCACUGUAUGCCGCUUGUGUUUGCAGAACUAUAAAUGAACCUCGUGCUCGGAUGCCUGAAAUAUCAUAGUUGGUCAUGCCUUCUCCCUGGACCACAUUGAUGAGGAUUAUAAACUAGUGUUUUUGUACUUUACCUCUCCGCUGUCGUUUACAUUGGUGUCGGUGAAUGUAUGUCAGUGUGAACACUCGGUCACAUUUAUUGAGGUCUCUCAUUGACAAACUUUAUAACCGUUUCACUAUCAACUCCAAUUGUUAACACUAACGUACCUCUUGUUCCUGCAACUCAAUUUCUAGCAAUGACGCCACCUCACCGCCGAGUUCCCGUUUUGCAGCUAUGGAAACGGCAUUUUUCCUCUGUAAAUUAAAAAUGGCCUUUCACAAAACUGUUUAUUUUCAAAAAAACUCUGUGAUGUAAAAUGAUAGUUAAUAAAUCAAACUAAAAGUUCAAAUACUUGGUCGUGGAUACUUAUUCUAAAAGCAUGGCCGCUGUCGCCUACCUCAAAUAUAUGGUUAAUUCGGUAAACAAGAAUAAACAAAAUGCAGGUUAUCACCAAUGGCGUGUACUAUAUAUAACAGAGGUAUCAUCCGUAGAAAUGCAUGUUCAAUCAUAAAUACAAAUAAAUAAGUGUACACACUGCCUACAAGUUAAACAUUGGCGCGAUCAUAACACACAUGUAUUGUAAUAGGUAAAUAUCUCGCGACAUAUUAAAACCUAUAAUACAAUCACUGAAUACAAAGAUAAACACUCGAGUAAUGGAUUUAAUGAAUUACAUGCAGUAAUGUAUACAUAGGUAUUAUCGCACAGGUAAAAAGUGACGCAAUGCGGGGUAAAUCUGUUUUAACAUCAAAUUGAAAGCAAAUAUAAGGUGUCGGUUUGAUAUAAAAUACUAACGUACGAGUAAAAGUUCAGGUUAAUAAUUGCUAUCAAUCAAUAUCUAUCCAACUACUUCCACUCACUAUAGUCACCACACCUGACAGUUAACGGGGCGGGGUAAACAUUGCCAUUGUGGGAAGUCAAGCGAAAUGCAAUUAAAAAAAUAAAUAUAAAAUAAACACCCUAUGACAUAAUCAGCCCGGCCGACAUACAACACAUAUCGAAAAGUCCAAUUAUUCCUUAAAUAAACAAAAUUAUACAUGAUUCCAAGGAGCGAACCCUCGCUUUACAAACCAUAUCAAAGCUUAUGCAACGCUAUACAAUAUGUCUCGAAAUUCGAAGACUCAUGUAGAAUAAAAACCAGUAUUAACUUAACAUAUCAUUUUUUUAAAAAUACAGUCUAAAAUUAUCAAUCAAUUCCCUGCGAACGUCGGAUAACAGGUAACAAGAUAUUGUCACCGAAGACUGGUCGACGUUGCAGUAUGACGUACCUCGGCGGCUCCUGAUACGUGUCUCUGGUAACAGCUGUCACGCGAGAGGCCAAGGGAAGCAACACGUUCAGAUAAAAAGUACUAAUCUUAUUUGCGCGAUGGACGCCUUCCCCUCUCAUCAAACGCAUUAUUAGUUUUUUGCCAAAUCAUAGACUCCGUUGGUUUCACGAAACAUACACGAACUUCGCUUGACCAUUUACUAAUACCCAAAAGACAUGAUGUGUUUACAAAUCGUAAUAUUUGUACGUGUACUAAGCAUGUUGUUUACUGUUCACUUUGCUCAUUGCUAAUGCUUUUGCACUCGUAGAUAACACUUCCCUAAACACACGCACGUGAAAGGUUUUAAAUUCGACGCUUCGAAAACUACGUUUCUAGUUUCAAGCAUAAGUUGACAGACACUUGAACAGCCUGUUUGAUCCUCCCGAACCUGGUUCAACAGAUUGUUUCUUCAUUUGCUGCUCUGCAAGCUAUUACCUUUUUAUUGUCAUUUCGAAAAUUGUACGUAUACAUAAUUAGUUUUUUAUUACAUAUUUAUCGAUGUAUAUAUAAAAUGUGUAUUUAUUUAUCCUUUUGCUUCAUUUCUAGUUGUCAGGAUAUUGAGAAGUGUUGCCAAUACGCGGGUCAUUCGGAUGCUGCUUCUGUUUGUAAAAAUCAGGAAUAAUUUGACUUUAUAAAAGACGGCUUCAGAUUCAGUUAGAAAGAGUUUAAGCUCUUGUCACCUCGCGUAAUUUAACAAACCUAUAUUUGCAAGCAUAUCCCUGACAGGCAUUGUUUAUAACGUUAUAAUUUUUCUAUGAGUGUAUGUGUUGUUUUUAUUGGUGCAAGUUCUUUAAUUAUGUAUUUUAUAAAUAAAAUUAUCUGAA